GCGCAUGCGUAUGGCGCAUGCGCACCAUCUCCUACUGCCGCCGCUCCCUACUCUGGGCGUUGGGACUACCUCCCUCUCCGUGGGCCCCGCCCAGGCGGCUGCCCGUGACCUGCCUGGGCGCGGGGAACGGACAGCCGGAAGGGGCAAGACGGGUUCAGUUCGUCAUGGGGCUGUUUGGAAAGACCCAGGAGAAGCCGCCCAAAGAACUGGUCAAUGAGUGGUCAUUGAAGAUAAGAAAGGAAAUGAGAGUUGUUGACAGGCAAAUAAGGGAUAUCCAAAGAGAAGAAGAAAAAGUGAAACGAUCAGUGAAAGAUGCUGCCAAGAAGGGCCAGAAGGAUGUCUGUGUAGUUCUGGCCAAGGAGAUGAUCAGGUCAAGGAAGGCUGUGAGCAAGCUGUAUGCAUCCAAAGCGCACAUGAACUCAGUGCUCAUGGGGAUGAAGAACCAGCUCGCGGUCUUGCGAGUGGCUGGUUCCCUGCAAAAGAGCACAGAAGUGAUGAAGGCCAUGCAAAGUCUUGUGAAGAUUCCAGAGAUUCAGGCCACCAUGAGGGAGUUGUCCAAAGAAAUGAUGAAGGCUGGGAUCAUAGAGGAGAUGUUAGAGGACACUUUUGAAAGCAUGGACGAUCAGGAAGAAAUGGAGGAAGAAGCAGAAAUGGAAAUUGACAGAAUUCUGUUUGAAAUUACAGCAGGGGCCUUGGGCAAAGCACCCAGUAAAGUGACCGAUGCCCUUCCAGAGCCAGAACCUUCAGGAGCGAUGGCUGCCUCAGAGGAUGAGGAGGAGGAGGAGGAGGCUCUGGAGGCCAUGCAGUCCCGGCUGGCCACACUCCGCAGCUAGGGGCUGCCUACCCCGCUGGGUGUGCACACGCUCCUCUCAAGAGCUGCCAUUUUAUGUAUCUCUUGCACUACACCUCUGUUGUGAGGACUACCAUUUUGGAGAAGGUUCUGUUUGUCUCUUUUCACUCUCUGCCCAGGUUUUGGGAUCGCAAAGGGAUUGUUCUUAUAAAAGUGGCAUAAAUAAAUGCAUCAUUUUUAGGAGUAUAGACAGAUAUAUCUUCUUGUGGGGAGGGGAAAGAAAUCCAUCUGCUCAUGAAGCACUUCUAAAAAUACAGGUGAUUGCCUGAAUGUCGAAGACUCUACUUUUGUCUAUAAAACACUAUAUAAAUGAAUUUUAAUAAAUUUUUGCUUUAGCACUUGGCCCCAUUGUAGAUUGCCCUGUGCAGUAAACUUUCCAGGUGUCGGCUGCCCCAGACUGCUUCAUUUGCUGGGUGUGGAAAGAGUUGCUAUGGCCAGGCAUAUGGGAUUUGGAAGCUCAGCAGAAGUGACUUCUGCUCUGUGGUUGCUGCUCCCCGGCUUUCACAGACGUGGUAUGGCAGCCAUUCUUUUAUCUAUUUAACCAAGAGGAUGCUUGGGAAUUGUGCUGCUUGUCCUGUUGGCUGGUGGCUGUAUUAUGUCCUGGGGUGUGUGUGUGGGUCUAUUUAGAGCUUCUGUCCCUUCCUUCCCAUUGCAAGUUGCACCUAGAUGAGACAGCUGUAGGACUAGGUCUCUUUCACCUCUCAUUGCCUGUCCCUGCUUCGAGCUGGUUGUCUUGUGCAUGGGACAUGGGCCUUCCUAUCUGUGUUUUCUCAAAGUCAGGAGCUGACCAGGAGCACACUAAGGUGUGGUCAUGCAUCAUAACCAACAUUCACUCAUCUGGGACAUUCUUAAGAUACAUUUGUAAAUCAUUUCAGCAGUAGCACUUUGUAUGUGUUGAGAGUUUACAGAGCUCUUUGACAUAUGCGAUCUCAUUUAGUCUUUACAAAUAAGGAAAACAGCUCAGUUUGGGAAGUAUCAGAGCUGGGAUUCAAACCCAGAUCCUCUGGUCCAAGUUGUAUGUGCACUGAACUAAUCAGGCAGGAAAAAAGCCCAGCCACUGUCUCACGGAUUGUUUUUUGUAUAUUGUAGCAAAAUCCUGAAACCAUGGGGUCCUUCCAGUCUCAUCAUACAAAAUGGCAAUCUUGGCUGGGUGCGGUGGUUCAUGCCUAUAAUCCCAGCGCUUUACAAGGCUGAGGCAGGAGGCUCUCUUGAGAAUAGGAGUUCAAGACCAGCCUGGGCAACAUAGCAAGAUCCUGUCUCUCCAAAAAAAAAAAAAAAAAGUCUUUUGAGUCCAGAGGACCCUCCUAUUACUCUUGAUUUCAUCUUCAGAGUGUAGUUAAAAAAUUUUUUUAGAUUUUUUAAAUCGGUUGUAGGUUCACAGCAAAAGUGAACAAAAAGAAAUUUCUCAUAUAUCCCCUGCCCUCACACAUGCAUAGCCUCCCACCACUAUCAAUAUCCCACACCAGAGUGGUACAUUUGUUACAAUCAAUAAACCGCCAUUGACCAUCAUUAUCGCCCAAAGUCCAUAGUUUACAUGAAGAUUCACUCUUGGUGUUGUACAUUGUAUGGGCUUAGACAAAUGUACAAUGAUAUCUACAAUUAUAGAAUCAUACAGAAUAGUUUCACUACCCUAAAACUUCUCUGUGCUUCACCUGUUCAUCCCUUUCUUCCCUAAUCCCCUGGCAACCACUUAAAAAAAAAUUAGGUUCAGGGGGUACAUGUGCAGGUAAACUCGUGACAAGGGGGUUUGUUAUACAGAUUAUUUAGUGACCCAGGUACUAAGCCUAGUACCCAAUAGUUACUUUUCUGGUCCUGUCCCUUUUCCCACCCUCUACCCUCAGGUAGGCCCCGGUAUGUUAUUCCUUUGUGUCCAUGUUAUUUCGCUCCCACUUAUAAGUGAGAACAUGGAAUAUUUGGUUUCCUGUUCCUGUGUUAGUUUGUUAAGGAUAAUGGCCUCCAGCUCCAUCCAUGUUCCUGCAAAGGACAUGAUCUCAUUCUUUGGCAACCACUUUUUACUGUCCAUAGUUUUUCCUUUUCUAGAACGUCAUAUUGAAAUCGUAUAGUAUGUAGCCUUUUCAGACUGGCUUCUUUCACUUAGUAAUAUGCAAUUAAGGUUCCUCCAUGUCAUUUCAUGGCUUAAUAGUGCAUUUAUUUUUAGCACUGAAUAAUACUCCAUUGUCUAGAUGAACAGUUUAUCCAUUCACCUAUUGAAAGACUUCUUGGUGGUUUCCAAGUUUUGGCAAUUAUGAAUAAAGCUGUUGUAAACAUCUUUGUGCAGGUUUUUCUGUGGGCAUGUUUUUAAUUCAUUUGAAUAAAUACCAAGAGCUUCAGUGCUGGAUCA